AUGGCUUCUCUCGCCCUCAAGUUUGUUGACGUCCUGUUGAGCGCUAUCCAACUUGGAGAUUCGGAGAAAAGUAUGCUUUCUAGCUACUUUCAGAAGCAUGCUGAGCAUGUCAAUGAAAAUAAGUUAGCAGCGCAAGCUUUAGAAGUUGUCCUUUCGUCUCUCGAAUCGAACCCGGCUAUUACCGAUCUUCAUCGAGACGUUAUUCAAAACCUAAUCUAUCUCCUCCAGAGCGAGGCUACCCGUACCCAGGAGAAGCAGCCGACUCCGACCCAUCAUGCUUCAAAGCCCAUGAAUACUAAGGUUUCCACCACUCCUACAUCUGGCCAUGAUGAAGCUACCUGUCUUGUUCGUGGGUCUUCUUCCAGUCGUGGAACUUCUUCCGUGAGUCGAGUUGUCGGAACCCAGAAGGAAUACGGCUUGAAGGAUUCCAUCUACCAGGAUGGUAAUAACUCCGACCAACCUCAUUCAUCGUCGUCAGCUACCAGCAGUGAACGACUGGCAUCUGAUGGAAUCUUCGAUACUGCAAUUAAUCGUACUUUUACGAGAUUUGCAGACAACACAGUGACUCGCCGUACCCAGCAUACAGAGUUGGAGAACCCCGACCACACUUCUCUUAAACCUGUCAACCCUAUCCACCUCCACGCUAAGAAAGUGUCUGAUCGAGCGGCAUCCCCUUUUUCCGUCGUAGCUGACGACUCAGGACUUCUUGUCCGCAACGGGGAAUACAAGGGGUCAAAUCGGAUGAUGUUACCCCACGAAUGGCGGGAGCCCAUUCCUCUUGAAAAGUUGCAAGGCACUCAGGAAUUGCAUACUAUUGGGGCCACCGGGGCACAGCUCCGCGUCUGUGGAAGUUCCGGGGCCCAAUCCGACAAUGAUAUCGUGAAGGGUUUUGUUCAGCAGCUUACCAAGAACAAUACAGAGGCUUCGUGGGUUGACGAACCCCCUAAUGCGAACCAAGGUAAUGCCGCCGACUAUAACCAUUGGGGCAGCUAUCAACCGGGAAACCCGGGCUAUGCUUCCCGACGCCGAGGUCCGCGUCGUGGCGGAGGAGCCCCUACUGGAGCAAAUCAGUCAACACAAAACAGCAAAGGCGAUCCCCAACUCGAGAGCCAGGGAGGCAUUCGUACCCCUCCUCGGCGUCGUCGCCGUAGGGAUACUCAGAAGUCCGAUUCAGUCUUCUACUGGGGCCCGGGAAGUGAAGAGAAGAAAACUUCCUUUAUGAAGUGGAAAGAUACUAUUGAAGUUAGAGGCUCCCCAACACCGUCGGAGUCUGUCUCUCAGUAUACUCCGGGAUGGACGUCUGAUUUAGCGGAGAAUUUGCGAAAUCAUCCACCUAAGCCCACGAGGGAUAUCUGGUGA